AUGUUUUUUCAACAAUUCCUGUCGCUCCGAGCUGCCGAGAAGACGGGGGUGUGGUUCCUCGAAAAGGACGAUGACUAUGGCACUCCGGCUGUUGUACCCACAUCAGCGACGGAGGUCCACAAUUACGGCACAAGCCUGGAGCACACUUGGUCAACGUGCCUGUCAGAGCUGCUGACCGCAUCGCUGAACGUCGGCGUUUACUUUCUGAAAUACGAGGACGUGGCCAAAACACCACAAGCUCUGGCACCAGUCUUUGGAUUUCUCCGCCUGUCACCACCUGACCGCUUGCAGACAUUGGUGAAGAAGAACCCACCGGCCAUGGUCGUUGAUGUGGACGACUCCCUGCAUCAGGUAAAACACCUUACAACAAACGUGCCUCACAUGUGGCACAAAGUGCAACAGGCACGAGAGACAUGCCGGCACCUUCUGGUGGAGCUGCGCGAGAUCGAUAGGCAGUUCCUCGGUGCAUUUUGGACAGAUGAUGAGCGGGACCUUCGCCAGGCUGUUGGAGCAGCCAAGGCAAUCAUGGCUGCGAGACCCGCAUGCCCACAGGUGAGCCAAACUGGCGUGAUCGAUCAGAUGAGGUAUGCACAAUUGCACCUGGGCGAGAGGAGCAGGCCUGAACCUCACAAAGCCAGAUGGCUCAAUGAGGCCAUACAGACGACGAACACUAUUGGAACCACGACUUUGGAAGUGCAGCAGCUUCUCGUAUACCUCAUCCGCGAGAGGCAGGUCCAACACGUCUUAGAAGUGGGUUGCUUUCUGGGAGCCACCACUGAGCUGAUGCUUGGGGCAGUGGUUGCAGUCCCGCCCAAGGCCUGGACGUCGCAUGUCCGCCUGGUUGCCCUUGAUGGCUUCCUGUGGCAGCUUUGGAUGAAUUACUACAGUUAUUCUCGCGCCCCAGGACGGGAUUUCAGGGCGCUGUUCUCCCCAGUCGUUUCCAGCCAUGACAACGCUUUUAUACGGCAGAUUCCUCACGAUGUAUCCACCUGGAAUCGGUCUUCCUUAGCCCACCCCUUCGGUGCAUCAUACGAUUUGGUUUUCCUCGACUUGACGCGCGACCAGCACGAACUAGAGAGAUUGUGGCAAUUGUUGCAACCCGCCCUGUCACAGGGCGAAUCCGUAAUCGUGGUGAAUGGCUAUGGAAGCCCAGGCGUAUGCCAGUUCCUGAUGGGCCAUUUCGGUGAGCUCAUGCCGUUAGAGAAGCCCGAUGGCCAAGCAAAGGCCUUCCUGUGGAAGCCAGGCUGGCAGCAAGAUGGGCGCAAAGAAGCGCAUGGCAAAUUGAGGUUCCUGGACCCGCCAGGCAACUGGCCCCAUCACAAGGGUUGGGCAGCUUCUAUCAGGCAGCUCUGGGAAGAGCUGCACAGCGCGAAGGCACCAACUGCUUUCGUCCCAGCUGUAGAGCAGUUCUUUUCUGAGGAGGGCAAGAUGCCGGAUGGACCCUGGAUUGGGGUCAUGCACCAAGCCCUCGAACGCGUUGGGUGGGUGCCAGACCUGAAGCGUAUUUUCCAAGAUGAAGCUUUUCUGCGUGACUUGGAACGCUGCGAGGGUCUUAUCACCCUCACCGAGUUCAGCGCAGGAAUUAUGCGGGGGCUGCUUACGACCACUGUUCCGACUGUUCCAGUGCUGUCGAUGAAAUACCCUGUCACGUAUACCGACACGCCGUGCUCAAACUCAGGACCAUUACCAAAAACAUUGUUGAUGGUUGGUGAGUACAUGCGCAACUUCAGUGAGUUCAUAUCUUUACGCUUGCCAGAGAACUGGUCAAAGCUGUGGAUCGGAGGUCCAAAGGACUUGAAUGCGUCGGAGAACAUUUCCCGCCUGGAGUUCUUGGACCAGGAGAAGUACGAAAGAAUGCUGGCUUCAUCUGUGCCUAUGCUGUCGCCCUUGGCCGAUGGCAUUGCGCAUACUUUGGUGGUGGAAUGCAUCAAACUUCGCAUCCCGUUCCUCGCCAAAAACAUGGCGAGCGUGGUUGAAUACGUCGGAGAAAACUACCCACUUCUCUACGAAACGGUCGAGGAUGCUGAGGCGAUGCUUGCCAACACGACCUGUUGGGAGUCUGCUCGCAGGCAUCUGUGCGCCAUGAAUGCAACCGAUUUUUCAGUUGCGGCAUUCUCGGAGAGGCUGCAAGGCAGUGUAAUGUACAGACGCUUGCCAUCGCAAGUGGACCGCAGCGAGUUCCGGGCCCCCGCGCUCACAGUGGUGGUCAUGAGUUGGAGGCGAGUUCCGAACUUAAGCCUUGUUUUGACAAGCCUGCUGUAUCAACAAGACGCGGACGACUUUGAAGUCCUGCUGUGGCACAACAACAGAGACAAUGUGGCCGAAUUCGAAGCUGCCAUCCGCCCCUUCCAAAGAAACACCACUAUACCUUUGCGAGUGGUAAAAUCACAUGACAAUUAUUAUGCCUAUGCCCGGGUAGCAAUUGCUGCGCUGGUCUCGAGUCCAGAACUGCUGUUCUGCGACGAUGAUGUGAUUCCGCGUGCAAACUAUGUUACCUGGUGGAGAAAGCAAAGAGUUCUUUUUGGGACUGAGGCAGUACUCUGCGCUCACGGCCAUCGAUUCCUCGAGCAUGUCAUGGCUAAUGAUGCAGAGGCAGACACCUGGGACACUUACUCCCACGUACGGUUUGUAGCUGAUGAAGCAUAUCAUCAGGAAAUCCACUUCUGCCACUUUGACAAUGCCUUGAUAAGUGCCAAAGAUUUGCGCAGAGCCGCUUCUGUGCAGUUGGCGGACGAGUCUUUUCGCUUGGUGGAUGAUUACUGGGCAAGUUUUGUGCUCAGCUACAACUUCAACGUGUUGCUUGUCAAAGUUGCAGCAGAUGGUGCAGAUUUGCCCUGGGCGUAUGAUGAGGAAAGUGGCAAUGACCCACUGCUUGCGCUACACAAAAACCAAAGAGUGCUUGCAGCACGCCACCGACUCUAUCGCUACCACAUGAACCUUGGCUGGCCACAGUGGGAGGCCUGCACAAGCCUAACGACAUCCGUGGUUCCACCGGAAGCUUCCGGCAAAGCGGAGUUCUGGAGAAGCAGCCGACUGGUUGGCUACAACAUUGAGCUCCGCAUAUCACGUGACAAUUUACAAGACCUUCUUGAUGCAGGAGUUGGUUUGGUUCGGGUGGGAGCAGUGGGACGAGACAAUGAGAACGACUUCUGGUUUUGCGUCAGCUUUCAGAGGAGACGCCCACCUCAAUGCGAGACGAUUUGCUCGCACAAGUGUGUGUUCCUCUGUCUGAAAUGGCAAGACUUGGACUCAAGAUUGUCCUCACUUUGCACCGAGACAUAG